AUGGACAAGCAGCUCUUGAGCGGGUUGAAUGCCGCUCAGAGAGCUGCGGUUACUUCGACAGCCACAGUCCUGCAAGUGUUGGCGCCUCCAGGUUCCGGCAAGACGAAAACACUGACCUGUAGAGUCGCGUACUUGAUUGCCAAUGAACGUCUCAAUCCUCAAAAUGUCAUCUGCUGCACGUUCACCAUCAAGGCCAGCCGAGAGAUGCGCGAGAGGCUCAGAGGACUGGUCGGUAGCGAGCUUGAAGCCAAAUUGGUUCUGGGGACCUUUCAUUCUAUUUGUCGUCGCUAUCUCGUCGCUUACGGACACCUCAUUGGCGUACCGAAGGGAUUCGGAAUAGCAGACUCCUCCGACAGUCAGAGUAUUAUCAAGCGGAUCAUCAAACGUCUCAACUUAUCGAUCGAACCAAAGGCCGCGAGAGCGAAGAUUUCAAGUCACAAAGCCAAAGGAAAGAGGUUGGAAGAUCUUGCAAAGACCCCGCAGAAACAGGUGGACAAACAAGAGUUUAUUACAGUUUUCCAUGAGUAUGAAGCGGCUCUUGCAACGUCAAAGCUACUGGACUAUGACGACCUGCUUCUCCGCUGUGUCGAUCUUCUUCGAGCGUUCCCUGGCUGUGUUUCCAAUGUAGAAGCUCUCUUGAUCGAUGAGUUCCAGGAUACGAACGUGGUGCAGUUUGAAUUAAUGAAACUGCUGGCAUCAGCUGCCAAAAGAAUCACCAUUGUUGGAGACCCCGAUCAGAGCAUAUACGGCUUUCGUUCUGCUGAGAUCGAAAAUCUACGGCGUAUGAAAGUCUUCUACCCGGAGACAGUGGUGAUCAACCUGGAAGAAAAUUAUCGCUCGGCUUCUGCUGUAUUGAAGCUUGCACAAGAUGUCAUUGAGCAAGACACAAAUCGACCACAAAAGCGACUCAAAGCAACGCACUGCCAUGGCACCCGGCCCGUUCUCCGACGUUUGCCAAAUCCGAACGAAGAGGCUGUGUGGAUUGCUGGUGAGAUCAAGAGAAUGUCGAAAAUGACUGGUGGUCUACUUCUGCACUCAGACUUCGCUAUUCUACUUCGAUCUGCCUAUCUUUCCUUGCUCAUCGAGAAGGCUUUGAGCAGUUCAAGGAUACCAUAUCGCAUGGUUGGUGGUCAGCGUUUCUUCGAUCGCGUGGAAAUAAGAAUCAUCAUCGAUUACCUCCGCACAAUCAGCCAUCCUGAUAACAAUCAAGCUCUCAUUUCGAUCAUAAAUGUGCCUUCUCGAAAGAUUGGAGAAACGACAGUUGGCGAAUUCAUGAAGCUAGGAGAACAACGAAAGACAUCACUAUGGGCUAUCAUUCAGGAUAUUCUUGCAGGCAACCUCUCGCCAGAGAAAAGGCUGUCAAAGCCAGCUGAGCAAGAACUCGGACGCUUGAUCACCAUGAUCAAGAAUGCAAGGCAGAAAAUGGAGACGGUUCAUCCCGGUACUGUACCCAGCACAUUGAUUGACUUCAUUGUAAAGUCGUUGGAUCUGGAGAAUUAUAUCAAGAGGAAAUACAAGGACGACCACGAAGAUCGGCUCGAGAAUGUCAAAGAACUCAUCAUACAUGCUUCUGAAGUUCUUUUGCAGCCUUCGGAAGAAUCCCUCGUGCAGGUUGACGGAUUCGAACAGCAAGCUUCUGGUGGCGGCCAGGAAGUCCUUGCUCAAUUCUUGGCCAACAUCGUCUUGUCUACUGACACGGACAAUUCUGAAGGCGGCAACGACAAACCCCGCGUGACCAUCUCAACUAUCCACUCUGCCAAAGGCCUGGAGUGGCCGGUUGUAUUCAUUCCAGCUGUCUAUGAAGGGUCGAUUCCUCACUCUCGCGCAGAGGACACGGAUGAGGAACGCCGCUUACUUUACGUUGCAAUGACCCGAGCUCAAGCACUCUUGACGAUGACUAUCCCAUUGACACAAUCUCGGGACCAGACUGAAUCCACUCUGACUCAAUUUCUGCCUCCUCUCGUGCACCAUCAUCUGGCACAGGUUGGGCCGAACUUUGAUGAUAAGACGAUUUCAGACAUUGCCAGCGUCCUUUGUCGCCCAAUGCCAUCUCAGGAAGAUCUUGUGAUAGCCCUACAGAAUAUCGGCCCGAGCGAAAGCCAGUCUGAUGAUCUUUGGCCGAGUGACGGUGGUCGGCGCCCAAUAGCGAUGUCUCUUACAGGAUUUCAAGCAAUACCAGAAUUUGGCAAACCACUGGCCGAAGCUGUUGCCGCCGCCCAGCAAGCAUUUCAUUCUAACCGUUACAGCUCUUCUGUGCCCGCAGGAUAUCAUGGCGCAACUACUAUGAGUAGUGUGAGUUCUUUCUCAACCUCCAAUAUGACGUUGGGAUUCACCACCGCGAGCCACCAGCUCAAAGCCCAGCCGCUUGAACUUACGCGUUCUUCAUCGGAUGCUUUCCCUCCACAAAAGAAGCCAAAGCUUUCGAAAUCUGCAUCAGCACAAGGCAGCAUAGCAACUUUCUUUGCGAAGUCGGCAGGCCAGACCUUAGCAUCCACAGAGGCAAUCUCUCCAGCCCAACCCGCGCCACAACUUUAUCAAGCACGAAGAGCUAAGCCCGCGGUUCCGGCGUUGACAGGCCCAAAACACCCAGUGAAGCAGAGCGAGAUCCCAGAGGAACUUGCGUCACACAGACUGAACUUCAGCAACGGAAUCGUGCAGAAGCGACCCGGUGCCCUGAACGAAGCAAGCACCAAUUCUAACUGCCGCUAUGGAACACUGUAUAGUUCUUCGCCUCCACCUCCUGACAUGGAAGAGAAAGGGCAGCCAACUAGCAACGAACAGGAGAACCGUCGCCUGUCACACAGCGCAAUGACGAAGCCGAGGGAAGCCGCACUUGGACCAGGAACUGCGCUUCCUGCAGCUGCUGCUCCUCGGACCGACUACGUUCUUACUCGGCCUGCGACAACUAUGCAUAAUACUAGUAUGUCCUUCAUAGGACACCAUGGCUUCUCAACCGGCACCUCGAACCCCGGUAUAGGCCGCAAGACACUGGGCGUCCGGCGAACAUUUAAUGGAUGGGAUAAGCGGAAGAACAAGUGAGCCUUGGCUGGUGGUGCAGUUGAGAAUGCUUGAAGCAUCGAAGAUACUACAUCGUCUGGGGCUGUAUCAUGUAUGACUUUAUGUGUAGACGACGUUAUGACCUUGGGAGUGUUUCUUUCUGGGCUGCAACUGCAAUGUUGUAUGCUUUGGUGACUUAUUAGCACGCGGGAUUUCAGGUCAUGGAGUCUUUUUGCCGGGCACUUGGGAGCCACCUUUUGUACGCAUGAGUCCGCCAUCGAGCGGCUCCUGUUUCGG